AUGAACAAUGUAAGUCUAGACAGGUGGUUACCCAAAGAUGGGUAUGACCAUCAAAGGGGGAAUUUAACCUUUAUUCAAAGGUUAAAUAUAGCACUUGAUGUGGCUUCUGCACUGGAUUAUCUACAUCACCAUUGCCAAACACCAAUCGUGCAUCACGACUUAAAACCGAGUAACAUUCUUCUUGAUGAUGACAUGAUUGCCCAUGUGGGUGACUUCGGGUUAGCGAGGUUUUUAUCUAAGGUUGCUCAAAACAUAUCGCUUGGGGUGAAGGGAUCUAUUGGGUACAUCGCUCCAGAGUAUGCAAUGGACGGUAAAGCAUCUACACAAGGAGAUGUUUACAGCUAUGGAAUCCUUCCCUGGGAGAUGAUAACUGGAAAGGGACCAACUGAUGACAUGUUUAAAGACAAUCUAAGCCUUCAUCAUUUUGUCAAGUUGGCGUUCAGCGAGUAA